AUGUGAGUGGUAUUAUCCAAGUACUGGACUUAGAAGGCAAUAUAAUUGCAGGAUGGGUUGCUCAUAAUAGUCUUGUGCUUAAAUUGGCUGUUGGUAACGGUUCUGUGUAUAGCUUUGCAACUCAUGGCGGCAUACGCGGAUGGAAUAUUGCAUCCCCAGGCCCUGUUGACAACAUAAUAAGAACAGAGCUGGCCUCAAAGGAACUUAUACAAGAAGACACAAUAUCAGAAUUUUGAUUUGUCGUGGUUGGGGUCUGUUGUAUCAGACGUUGGCAUUGUUGUGGUCGGUUUGCAAGAGGUGGAGAUGGGUGCUGGUUUUCUUGCAAUGUCUGCUGCAAAAGAAAUUGUUGGUCUAGAAGGAAGUGCAAUGGGGCAGUGGUGGGUGGAAACAAUAGGAAAGGCCUUGGAAGACAGAAAAGCUUUUGAGCGUAUGGGUUCUAGGCAGCUUGCUCGCUUGCUUAUAUCUCUUUGGGUAAGAAAGAAUCUUAGAAAACAUGUUGGGGACAUUGAUGCUGAAGCAGUCCCAUGUGGUUUUGGACGUGCAAUUGGCAACAAGGUCUGUUUAAAUUUUUCAUUCAUUAUAUGACAUCAAAUGAGAAAAUCAGAAUGCAAUGUCGUACAAAGGAUAAGUUUGUAUAGAAGAUCACUUGUGAAGGCCAGUCUUUUGUCAAGAAUGAUGGAGAAGCACCGGAUUAUAUCCCAAGAGCUGCUUCUGGCUUUUCUAGAUGGCUUGAGGUAUUGUAUGG